GGCCCAUUGCACCAAAUGGGGCGGGUCAUAACCUAUGAAUGUCAAACAGGUUCGAAGAGGAGAUCGUCACUGUAGAGGUUCAAUUUUUAUGGUAGCAGAGAAAAAAUGGCUGCUCAAGAAGAAGUAAAACAACUGUCAGAGUGCUCAGUCUCCAAUGCUCUGGGGACAUGGGUUUUUUCUGUAGCUGGUGCACUGCUUGCGAUUCCAGUGGGUAUUAAACGGAAAUCUUUGGCACCCCUUGUAUUCUUUGGCACAACUGGUACGAUGCUAGAUAUAAUUAUGGGUAUCAGUGCUUGUGAAAGGGAGCAUGCAGAACGGCAAAUGAAGCUUUUGGAAGAAGCACAAGGAUCUGCAGCUGUUGAUACCUUGGCUGGUGCAGCAACUGAACAUUGAUGGCAUUCAGGUCGCUCUGGAUUUUGUCUUCAACUAAUAGCUGAGGGUCAUGAGUUCAUGUAGCAUUUUGAGUACUGUUGACCUUCAGUUUCCGCUUUACUUGGCUUGUAACCUGGAUAUUAUCAUUAUCAUUAGCAGAAAAGAAGGCAAAUAAUGUGUGCGGUGAUUGAACUUGUGAUGUGGCUU